CACCGAUCAUGGAAAAGGCCGAAGAUGUCGGCUCGGUCAUGUGAUCAACUGUGUCCAAUCACAGCUCAUCACAUGUACACUGAUCAUCAGGGCACUGAUCAUCAGUGUGCCCUGAUGAUCAGUGUAGCCUCAGCAGUGCCACCUGUCAGUGUCUACCAGUGCCCAUCAGUGCCACAUAUCAGUGCUUACCAGUGCACAUCAAUGCCACAUAUCAGUGCCCAUCUGAGCUGCCUUUCAGUGUCACCCAUCAGUACCAGUCAGUGCCGCCUAUCAGUGCUGCCUUUCAGUGCCCAUCAGUUAUGCCUGUCAAUGCCCAUAAGUGCCACCUAUCAGUGCCCAUCA